UAUAAGUUAGAGCGCCGGUCCACUGAUUCAGAAACACCAGCUCCAGCCAGAAGCAAAACAAUGUUGCUCUUCUGCUCCCAAGAUAAAAGAAUGUUAAACAGCCUCGCUGCUGCUUACCUUUUAGUCGCUGUAUUCGUAUUUUCUCCUACAAUUCAAGGUCAAGAGGAAGAACUCGCUGAAAUUGUAAUACCGGAUGACUGCAUGCAAUGCUUGUGUGAAGCAAGCUCCUACUGCAAUUUGACUGCUCCGUGCACUACUGGUUCACAGUAUCUAUGUGGUCCUUUCCUAAUGGGAGUUAACUAUUGGGCAGAUGCAGGACAACCUAUGCUUACGCCAGACGAAGAUCCCAAUGGAGCGUUCGAGGCAUGCGCGCGAGACCUGGAAUGUGCCAAAAAGACAGUUCGUUCGUACAUGACAGAAUUCGCACAGGAUUGUACCGAAGAUGGUGUCAUAGAUUGCGAAGACUUUGCACGUAUUCACGUAUUAGGGAAAUCGGACUCAUGUUUUGCUAAAAUGGAAGGUUUGCCCUUCUAUAGGGUAUUCCGCGAAUGCAGAGAUAAACCUGCUUCUGUCUAAGAUAUUCAAUAAACCCAUUA